AUGCUUCUCGACCAGUUGGAGGAGCGAUGCCACCUCGCGGCGCAAACGCGGCAGCGGUACUACCGAAGCUCGAGUUGCACCCGCGGCGCGCCGCCGAGCCAGCAGAUCCAACCGUAUCACUACCCGCCGAGCUGGAGGGAUCCGUGGCUCGUCGGCAGCUUCGGGCCGAGGCUGGAGGCUCGGUUUGAGGUCGGGGAGGAGCUGGGGCGCGGGCAUUUCGGCGUGGUGCGCGUGUGCCAGGAGCGGGGCAGCGGGGCGACGUUCGCUUGCAAGACAAUCAGCAAGGAGCUGCUUCAGGGCUCGCGGGAGAUGGAGGAGCUGCGCGCCGAGGCAUUGACGCCGCUGCUGCUGCAGCAGAUGGCGGAAGAGGAGGAAGAGGAGAGAGCAAGAGAAGGGGACGAGGAGGAAGCAGUCAACCCAGUCAACCCAGUCAACAGCACCAGCACAGAGAGGUCCCCCUGGGAGGGCCUGGUGCGUCUACAUUCAGUCUACGAGGACAACUGGGGGGUGCACCUGGUCAUGGACCACUGCAGCGGAGGAGACCUGUUUGACCUCGUUGACCGGUACGCUGAGUCAGCGGGCAUGCCCGAACAGCUGGCGGCCGCUGUCGUGGGAAAGCUGGCUGCCACGCUGGCGUGGAUGCACUCCGUGGGGGUGGUGCAUCGGGACUUAAAGCCCGAGAACAUCCUGCUGGCUCGGCCUUUCUCAGGGGACGCGAGCAGCUUUCCGAACCUCCACCUCUGCAUCGCCGACUUUGGCCUGGCAAGGCGAUUGGCGCCUGGGGAGCACCUGACAGGCUUGGUAGGGAGCCCUUUUUACUUGGCCCCUGAGGUCGUGAAAGGUCACCUGUAUGACCACCAGGUGGAUGUGUGGAGCCUCGGGAUUAUCCUCUACACCUGCCUUUCCGGGAAGCUUCCCUUCCAUGGCCCAAACCACAACGCCGUGUUUGCUGCUGCGUGCCGGGCGGCGCCAGAUCUGGUCUCGCCGGAGCUGUGGAGCGGGGUUUCUGCCGAGGCUAAGGAUCUGGUUCGGGGGAUGCUGGAGAAGGAACCUGGGAGGAGGAUCAGGUCUGGUGAGAUUCUUUCGCAUCCUUGGUUUGACACGUUCCAGCCUGCAUCAAGUCAACUGAGUCAACCCACUGCGUCACAUCAAUCCAGUCAGUCAAGUCAACCCAGUCAACCUAGUCAACAGGACCAGUAUCCGUGUGCAGAAGACACUGCUACCCCUCACCUCACUACCACGCCCACUCCCGAAGCAACUGCCAACGCUUCAGCUGAUCCCAACCACCUCACCACCCCUCCCCAAGAUGAUGCCACUUCUUCCCAUUCCCCCACGCCCCCCCGACCCACACCCCCUCGCCCCCUCUCCAUCUGUCCCCCUCCCCCCCCCUUCCCCUCGCACCCUUGCCACCUGUACUACCCCUACUCCCCGCACGCCCUCUCGCGCUCUCUCCGCCCGUCCACGCAAACCAACGAACCAAUCACCACGCCCUGCCGCUCCUUCCCCUCCAGCACUCCCCCCCUCGCUGCUGACUCAGCUCCGGGCUGA